GCCCUAUGAUAUUUGUCCUAUAAAUGGAGCACGUAUGAUACAACGGAAAGAAAAGAUUAAAACAAGCAGAGCUUAUGAGUAUAAUGCUGUUCAUUAUCUUUUGGGCAUUUUGUAUUUUAGUUCCCUCAUUAGCAGUAAACAAUACACACAGAGAUUUAAUACUGAAAACAAUGUUUGAUGAUUAUAAUCCUGCCAUCCCACCGAAUUAUAAUAAUGAUGAACCAUUGACAGUUGAAAUACAAGUUUAUAUAUUGAGCAUUGAUUCAAUGAGUGAUUUAUCAAAGGAUUUUGCAAUGAGCAUAUUUCUGCGACAAAGAUGGAAAGACAAACGUUUAAAGUACGACCGUAUACAAGGUGUUCCAGCUUUACAACUAAACACUAAGUCAAUUAACGGAGUAUGGGUUCCGGACUUGUUUAUUUUGAAUGAGAAACGAGCAACUAUUCACAAUGUAGUAGUGCCAAAUAAAUUAUUACACAUACAACCCGAUGGGUCUAUACUUUACAGCAUCAGGAUAUCUGGAACUUUUUCGUGUGACGUUGAUCUACUGAAAUAUCCUUUAGACAGUCAAAUUUGUCCGUUGAUAAUAGAAAGCUAUGGCUACACGUCCGAGACACUGGUACUACAAUGGUAUAAAGAAGCAGUAGAAAAGAAAGAAGAUAUCAUUUUAUCACAAUUCAGCCUUGAUUGUAUAAAAACAUUCAAAUGUGACAAACAAUAUGCUGGAAUGAAUUUCUCAUGUGUACAAAUGAACAUUAAACUGGAUCGUUUGUACGACUACUAUCUGCUGCAGAUAUACGUGCCAAGCAUUCUUGUUGUUAUAUUAUCAUGGGUAUCAUUCUGGAUUAGUGUUGAUGCUACGCCUGCAAGAAUAUCACUCGGAUUACUCACGGUUUUAGCUAUGACAACACAAAGCUCCGGUUUACCGAAAGUAUCGUAUUUCAAAGCAAUUGAUGUGUGGAUGGUGUCAUGUCUGUGCUUUGUAUUUGCAGCAUUGAUAGAAUUUGCAUAUGUUAACGUUUUAUCACGUGUGGAACAAAGGAGACAAUCUCAUGUAGUAGAUAUAACUAAUAACAAAACUGAACAUAUAAGACGAAGUCUUCCAGAAAAGAAAUAUGGCCAACAGAGAAAAGGCUCGGAACGUUGACAAGAUAUCAAGGGUUAUCUUUCCUCUGCUAUUUUUGUUAUUUAAUGUAAUCUACUGGACUGUAUAUAUAUUUGACUGAGAUC